AUGUUGCUCAACGCGAUCUUCCUGCUUACCAGCCUGACAGCUGUAGCGUUAGCCAUCCCAGCAUUCGACCUGUUCUCCCUAAACGCCUCAGUAAAAGGCAGGCUGCACACAACUCAGCCCCUAGCCCUCCCCUGCUACCUAAGCUACUCCAACGGCACGACCACCCAAACCAACGUCCCCAACAUCGCAGCAUGCGCCGAAAUCUCAACUCAGACUUCCAACUCCUCCUUCAUCGCGGACCACCCCGGAGGCUACAUCACGUCCAACUUCGGCAUCUGCCAGACCACGCAGCAAGGGUGUCCGCUUGGUGUUGCGGAUCAGGUUCUGCAGACUUGUCAUCAGGGAAAUGUGCCGUCGUACUAUGUUGAUGUACGAGAGCCGUCUGAUGUGGCGGCUGUAUUGGCGUUUGCACACGAGACUGGUGUUCCCAUUGUGGUGAAGAAUACGGGUCACGACUACAAGGGACGAAGUGCAGCUCCUGGUGCUUUGGCGCUUUGGAUGCACAACGUCCAGCCGCCUAUCCAGCUUACGCCCGACUUCACGCCUGAAGGCUCCUCCGCCCCCGUUGGCCCAACACUCACUUAUGGCGCCGGUCAGGGCUUCCAGGGCAUCUAUGAGACUGCACAUGCACACGGUAUGAUGGCCAUCGGCGGGACGUCGCCCACAGUCGGUGCGUCUGGGGGAUGGGUGACAGGUGGUGGCCACAGCGCGUUGUCGCCGACGUAUGGACUUGGCGUCGACAAUGUCAUGGAGAUGAAGGCCGUGCUGCCGAAUGGGACGUAUGUGACGGCGAACCGGUGCCAGAAUCAAGACAUUUUCUUUGCGUUGAGGGGUGGAGGAGGAGGAACGUUUGGGGUGCUCAUGGAGACCACGAGUCGAGUGUAUCCCGAAUUGCCCCUGCAGCACGCCACCAUCAUCGCCCCAAACCUGGACCUCGUCGACGGCAUUCACCAGGCCGUCUCGCUCGUCGUCAACAACACCGAGCAGUGGUCCGCCGACGGCUGGGGCGGCUACAUGGCCGCAGGGGUCAAAGGCGUCGGCCUCAUCUUCAUCGACAUGAUUACUCCCAAACUCACCCUCGACGAAGCCAAGGCCUCCAUGAAACCCGCCACGGACUUCGCCACAGCCCUCCUGCCCAACCUCUCCGUGCCCAUCACCGUGGAAAUCAAGACCCACGCCAACUACUGGGAAUACUACAACAGUGCCAUCGCCCAGUCCCUCUCGAAGCAAGGCGUCGGGACGGGCGUCGCUAUGGCCUCACGCCUAAUCUCGACCCAGAACUUCGCUACUCCAGCGAAGAAAUCCCAACUCAUAGAUACUUUUACCACAUACGGCGGGUUCGGCAGCGUGGCGAACGUCUACAAUGCAAUGACGCGAGCCCCAGACCCGCUACGGGCCAUCACGCCUGAGGGUGCGUAUCAGAACGAAGGUGAUACGUAUGAGCCGAAUCCCGAGGAGAGUUUUUGGGGAAAGAAGAAUUACGAGAGGUUCUUGGCGAUCAAGAGGGAAGUGGAUGCUGGGAAUGUGUUGACUUGUCAUCAGUGUGUGGGGUGGGAUGAGGGGGAUGGGAGGUUUGGGUGUUAUCCGCAGGUUCGAUAG